ACCAUCGGCCCCGGGGCAGAACGCGUGCGUCACCUUUCCCAGAACCCUUCGCGAGUUGGAAUCUAUGGUUGGAAUGAGCGGAGGAGCAAGGAAGUGCGUGGAGUGGAGUGGGGACUGGGGAAAGGACAGAGAGCAACAGGCAGGCUCAAAACAAACUUGUUUUGGGUGUGGGUGUUGAAAGGCACAGGACGCGUCUGUAUGCUUUAAACAGUUUUCAAAACUAGACAAAAGUUAGACAAUCUCGUUGGGAAACCAUUCUAUAAUUACGCACAUAAAGUUAGCUGGCUAGCAGUUUCUGGUCUUUGCUGCCCACUGCCUGGGAGAUGAGUUUGCGUAGUGGCCGAGCCUCUCUGUGAAGUUAAAAAUGCUCAAUUUCCUAAAAUUCCCGUUUAAAUGUCGUGGUUGUCACACUUCUCCAAGGGCCGUCGAGUUUCUUCCAAAGCAUUGAUGUGUCCACUCUUUGAGUUAUGCUUUCCAGAAAGAAAAGUAAAAACGAAGCGUCGAAACCAGCCGAGGUACACGGAAAAUAUGUGAAGAAGGAGACUUCGCCACUCUUGAGAAAUCUGAUGCCCUCGUUCAUCCGGCACGGGCCCACCAUUCCCCGGCGCACGGAGAUCCCGCUGCCCGAGCCGGGGCCGGGGCCCCUGGCGUACCCCGUGGGCCCCGGCGAGCCCGCGGUGUCGCGGAACAAGAGCUUCCUGCGGAACCCGCCGGCGCGGCCGCCGCACGAGGUGGCGCGGCGGGAGAGCAACCGCCUGUCGGCGCCGCCGUACCUCCCGCGCGGCCUCGGCGAGCUCCCCCACGAGUACGGCGGCUCCUCCCAGUCCUUCCUGUCCGAGGUCAACCCGCUGGCCGAGAACGGGGACGCCGGCGGCGGCGGGGGCGGCGCCCGCUACUACUUCCCGCCGGACCCCUACUACGACCCGCCCCGGCGGCCCAGGCAGAGGCACGUGCCCGACCGUUUCCACGACGACUACCGGUACUACGAGCACGGCGAGCAGAACUUCCAAAGAGUGCCGCAUACCUCACAGGCCCCGAGCAGACACCCAGUGGGGAUAGGGCGGAUUCAGGCCAAGUCUCUGGGGAACCUGUCCAGCCCCAGCGGGGAGGACCUGCCCCUGCCGGCGGGGUGGACGGUGGACUGGACCAUCCGGGGGCGGAAGUACUACAUCGACCACAACACCAACACCACCCACUGGAGCCACCCUCUGGAGAGGGAGGGGCUCCCCCCCGGCUGGGAGAAAGUGGAGUCGGCCGAAUUCGGGGUCUACUACGUGGACCACAUCAACAAAAGGGCGCAGUACCGACACCCAUGUGCACCGAGCGUUCCUCGCUAUGACCAGCCCCCACCCCUCCCACCGCCAGUCACGUAUCAGCCCCGCCAGACCGACCGAAAUCAGCCCGUCCUGGUGCCAGCAAACCCCUACCACACCGCUGAGAUCCCAGACUGGCUGCAGGUGUACGCCCGCGCACCCCUCAAGUACGACCACAUCCUGAAGUGGGAGCUGUUCCAGCUGGUGGACCUGGACACGUACCAGGGCAUGCUGAAGCUGCUCUUCAUGAAGGAGCUGGAGCGCAUCGUCAAGUCGUACGAGGCCUACCGGCAGGCCCUGCUGUCCGAGGUGGACACGCGCAAGCAGCGCCAGCAGUGGUACGCCCAGCAGCACAGCAAGAACUUCGGUGGGAACAUGUGAGCACGCGUGUGUUAGCGCCGCACGUGUGUUAGCAUCGCGCGUGUGUGAGCCUCGCGCGGGCCCCCGUGCCCCGCGGGGGGGGGGCUGGUUGUCAGUGCAGCGCGGCGUGGCUGCACACGCUCCCAUCCCAGUUUUCUUAUUUUAUUUCUUUUUUUCUUUUCUUUUUUUUUAAACGGUCGCCUUCGUACCAAACGCAUCUGUGCCUCUGCUGGAUCCAAAUUAGCAGCCAAAUGAUAGGGCUGGAGGUCUGCUCGGCCUAAGAUGUGGGUUCACUAGAAGCGAUCUGGCAUGCCGGGAACUCCCGCCCCCCCCCCCCUUCAAACGUUUGGGGGGAGGAGAACGGUGGCAGCAGCUCUGCUCAGAGAGCUGUAAGUCACUCAGUAAGUGAACGGCUCUGAUGAAUCUGGCGCCUGGACACUUUUACAGGGGUGCAAAGGGUCUGUGAUUCCAGCUUACGGUCUGUAAGAGUGCCCAAAAACUGUGCCUUUUUAUUUUUUUUUUACAGGAACCGUUUUCUCUUUCACUCUCUUCUGCUCUUUCUCUCCCUCUCUCUCACUCUUUCCAUCAUUCUUUUUCUCUCCCUUCCUCCCUCUCUCUCCCCCCUUCUUUCUCUCCCCUCUCUCUCUCACUCUUUUUCUCUCCCUCCCUCCCUCUCUCAUACCCGUUUCUCUUCAGUGGCUGAGCUGUUCUGCUGUUCUGUACAGAUUCUGCAGUUUCACCCCCCAUGUGUUUUUAACGUAUCGACCGCUACAUGAAUAUUUUUAUAAUCAUUUAAUUAUUUUUUCACUUUUAAUUGGCGGCCGUAGCCCAACUAAGCGACACUAAGCUGUCCGUGAGAGAGGGUGAAAUAUGUGUUGUUGUGUGUGUGUGCGCGUGUGUUUACGAAUUUUUCAUUUUGUAUUGUUGACAAUUUUGGUCUCUGACAAUCUUCCCUAUUCUGAUUGUCCCGCAUAAGAAUUAAUUUUUGAUAUGGAAUAUGUCUUUAUUUAAAGACUGUAAAUUCAUAGGCAAAAAGCAUCACAUUUGAUGCAGUGUGUGGUCUGAGCAACUCUUAGCUCUCGGCAUUAUUGUAUGUAAUUGUUAUCUUUAUUAUUAUUAUGCUGUAUAUAAUAUGGUAUACAUAAGCUACUGGAAAUAUCAUUGCAAUACACUAAAAGCACAGAUGCCUGAAGAUG